AUGACCCAAUAUCAGCCAUUAGAUCAAAUCGAUCCCGAACACCCCAGGCCGAAGAAUCCGGCCUCCUCCUGGCUACAAUGCAUUGGAAAUGGAUUAAUAUCCCUCCUCGCAAUCUACGGCCUGAUCAGUCUCAGUCUGCUUGCCUGGUCCUAUCUACCUCUCCAGAAAUCAGGACAUACCUGUUCCUGCGGCCAAACUCCAGAUGAAGCCAUCAAACGAGGCUGUAGGUUCGAUCAGUUUGCACUGGCCUGGCUGCCAGAUGCCUGUCGCGAUGACGAUCUCAUCCACGAGUUUGAAGACCUAGGCAGGGCAUACAACCAUUCAUGGGAAUUUUAUACCUGGCCCGACCCCGAGCAAAAAAUGUCCCUCCUAGAAGUGUCGAUGGCGGCAGACGUGGUGGGCAUGAAGAAUCGGUCCGCAGUCAGCACGACGGUGGAUUGGCAUCACACGCAUUGCCUGUAUCUGUGGAGGAAGCUGUAUCGCACUCGGUAUACGAAAUUGACAAUGGAAAGUCGAUACGACAGCGAACACCAUCAGAAACACUGUGUGGAGAGCAUUCUGGAGUGGGUGAGGGUGCAGUCGCCGGCGGAGAGGCUGUUGGGGGGAUCAGUGGUUGAUUUAUAUGCGGAUGAGAAGCUGUAA